AUGGCUUCAGCUGGGUUUAGUCAAAACGGUGAUUACAUUGAGGACAUGCCUGCUGAGGAGUUACUCUCUGUGGACUUCUCUGAUGGAUAUGAUGUCUUUGGAGAACAAGAGUUGUUUCCUCGUGUUGGAGAACAGUUCCAGGUUGAAAUUCCGUCAUUAAUCACAGAAUCUGACUAUCUUUUAUAUACAAAGAACCCAAUAGAUGCUGAAAACAGGGCUUAUGUUCCCUUUAACUUUCUGAUUGGAUUAUCAGUACCACUCAUGUGGGUCAAUAAGGAAGUUGAGAAUAUGAAACAUGAAAUGCUGCAAUCACUUGGUGGUUCAACCGAUGCAGCCAGCAAAAAUGGACAUUUACUCUCUGAAAUUGUCAGAGAGCCCCAGUUUCGCUUGAAAGACGAAGAUGUACAGUUUAAAGUUGAGCCAUUGGAUCUUACAUUGGAUUCUGGGAUAGCAAAAGGAGAAUUGGCGAACUUAACUUUGGAAGAUAAAAUGCAUCAGUAUAGGGGGCUAGCCUGCUGUUUAGUUCCUGGCUCUGUUGGUGAUUUCUGGAGUGACAGUGAAAGGGCAAGUUUCCUUCUUGGUUUGUAUAUCUUUGAGAAAAACUUUGUCCAGGUGAAGAGAUUUAUUGAGAGUAAGGAGAUGGGGGAUGUACUCUCAUUUUACUACGGGAAGUUUUAUAGGUCCAAUGAGUAUCGUAGAUGGUCCGAGUGCCUGAAAAUGAAAAGCAGAAAGUGUGCAUAUGGGCAAAGGAUAUUUACUGGAUUGAGGCAACAGGAAUUGUUAUCUCGUUUGUUUCCUCAUGUGUCGGAGGAAUGCCAAAAUGCUGUGUCUGAGGUCACUAAGACAUUUGGAGAGGGGAAAAUGUCAUUACACGAAUAUGUCUUCUCUUUAAAGGCUAUGGUUGGGAUGAAAGUUCUUGUAGAGGCUGUGGGAAUUGGUAAAGGUAAGCAAGAUCUUACAGGCAUUGCCUUGGAGCCUUUGAAGUCAAAUCAAACCAUACCCUUGCGUCCAGAGAUACCAACAGGCAAAGCAUGCUCCGCCCUUUCGCCCAGCGAAAUUAUCAAGUUUCUAACUGGAGACUAUCGGUUGAGCAAAGCUCGAUCUAACGAUUUAUUCUGGGAGGCCGUUUGGCCCCGUUUGCUGGCAAGAGGGUGGCACUCGGAGCAGCCUAAGGAUCAGGGUUAUGCUGCUGCUUCUAAGCAUUCAUUGGUAUUCCUUAUGCCUGGUGUCAAGAAGUUCUCAAGACGAAGACUAGUGAAAGGAAAAGACUAUUUUGAUUCUACUACUGAUGUCUUGAGUAAAGUUGCUUCAGAACCAGGGAUUCUGGAGCUUGAUUUUGAAGAUGAAGGCAGGAACAGUGGAGAAUAUGAGUGGAUAAAUGAAACAAAACUGCAACAAGAUGAUUUGCCUGAACGGCGUCGUCAUUCUUAUCUUCAGCCUCGAACUCCAAGUCGUAGUACAGAUGCGAUGAAGUUUACAGUUGUAGAUACCAGUCUGGCUGGAAAACCAUUCAAGGUGAGGGAGCUAAGAACUUUGCCAUUUGAAUUUUCGAAUAAGUUGACCUCUGGAAGUCAUUUUGAAGAUAGUGAGGAGGAUGCUUCUGACGUGUCAACUGAUGUGUCAGACACUGCUGAUGCUAUGUUACUGGAUCAAGAAGAGACAAAGAAUGACAUACCAACAAAGACUUUAUCUGAAAGGCUAAUGUAUUUGGACCGGAAAGAUCUGGAAGGUAGUGCUUUAAAGCUGAAAAUUGCUAGUAAUGGUUCGGAUUCCAUGAAUGCACCUUUGAAUAAUUCCAAGAAUCACAACAAAUUGUGUGCAGAAAAGCAGCCUAAAAAGGCUAUAAAGUGCCAAUUGAGCAGGAGACUGAAACAAGACAACUUAGAUUUUUCAGCCCCUAUGGCGAAACGGCGUCGCAGAUUAAAUACUUGUAGGCAAGCAGAGACAAGCCAUGACACAGUUCCGGUGACUUCCAUAUUGGAUAAAGAGAUGUGUAGUUGCCGUACAGACAAUCCUAAUUCAACGGAGGACAUUUUCCCUCAGGUGUGCUUAUCUCAGGAUAAGCUAUCAUCUACCAGUUCAUCAAAGGCCAGCCCCGUUCAGAGCACUGAAGGUUCUCCCACCGGCAAUUGUCAUGAUGCUGAACAUCCUAAUGAGAAACACCAACCUCGCACCUUGAUAGAUUUGAACAUACCUCAAGUUCCACCGGAUUUUGAAAGUGGCGUCUUUAUAGCGGGAUCAACAGAAGGGCAGGAUCAAAACACGAGUAGGGAGCCAGAUGAUCCAUGUGCACUGAAAACUGCUUUGAAUGCAGCCAGUUCCCAGCAGCAGCUUAACAUGAACUCCCGGAGGCAGAGCACAAGAAACCGGUUGCCAACCACAAAGGCACUGGAAGCUCUUGCAAAUGGAUUCUUAACCAUUAAUGAGAGACGACGGAGUAAAGGAGGCGGUCCACAAGCAUCAAGAUCUUCCAGACGUGCCCGUGUUGGGAUGAGGUUUCCCGAGUCUUGUAUAGAUACUGUGGCUUCCAUGGUAGAAGAAGGUGGGGAUGGUGUGUGUAAUGCCGAUACCAGCAACAUGUUUAGCCAAUAUCAGAUUCUGCCCGAGGGAAAGGAGGGGAGUCAAGUUCCAGGCCCCUAA